CCCUCGCGUCCCCGGCAGGGGGCUCCCACUGCGCGCGCGCCGAGGCCGCCUGGUCUGAGGCCCAGGCCCGGCGGGUCCGCCGCGCUCCCGGACACAGAGACAUCUUGGGUUGGGCCGAGUAAGGGCGGACGGGCCGCCCUUGGCCUCGCGCCCUCCCGGCUCGCCGCCCCCGGCGUCGCUGGCGAAACCCGAGCGCGCGUCAGGCGCGGGGCCGCGUGACGCGCACCUGUCGGGGCGGGCCCGGCGGGCGGAAGAGGAUGCGCGGGGCCGUGGCCUGGCCCGAGCCCGGCCCGCAGCACCGCGCGCCCUGCGCCGCCCGCGACGUUUCCCGGAGAAGCGGCCGGCUCUGACGGGCGAGAUGAAGACUGGAGGAUCCAGCUGCAGCCUCCCAGGGUUUACCAGAAGCCAGCUCUGCCGCUGGAGUGCCUGCCCGAGCUGGGCUGGGUCCUGGGCAGACACGGCUGCCUGGGAGCACCCCACAUCUGCCUCUCACUUGGGCAGAAGCAGACUGGAACCCCAGUUCUGACCCACACCUUCUGGCUGGCCACGUCAGAGCUCACAGCUUGGGGGAUGGUUGCAGAGCCUUCCUUUAAAAGGUACCCCAGGCACGCUGGUGUUUGGAAGAUGCUCACAGCGUCAGUGUGUGUGGCCCUGCUGGCCUGCCUGCACGCCCAGGAGCUCCGGGGACACAUCUCUGUAAUCCUGCUGGGAGCAACUGGGGACCUGGCCAGAAAAUACCUAUGGCAGGGGCUGUUCCAGCUGUACCUGGAUGAGGCCGGGAAGGGCCACAGUUUUCGCUUCCACGGGGCUGCUCUGACGACCACCGAGCAGGGCCAGGAGGUCAUAGCCAAAGUCCUGGAGUCCCUGUCCUGCCCCAGGGACACGGCUCCCGCUCGCUGUGCUGAACUCAAGGAUCAGUUCCAGCAGCUGAGCGAGUACCGCCGCCUGAAGACUGCAGAGGACUACCUGGCCCUGAGCAAGGACAUCGAGGCGUGGGUCCAGCGCGAAGGCCUCCGGGAGGCGGGCAGGGUUUUCUACUUCUCCGUGCCGCCCUUCGCCUACGCAGACAUUGCCCGCAACAUCAACAGCAGCUGCCGUCCUGGCCCGGGCGCCUGGCUGCGCGUUGCCCUCGAGAAGCCCUUUGGCCAUGACCACCGCUCGGCCCAGCAGCUGGCCACAGAACUCGGGAGCUUUUUCCAGGAGGAUGAGAUGUACCGGGUGGACCAUUACCUGGGCAAGCAGGUGGUGGCCCAGAUCCUGCCUUUCCGAGACCAGAACCGCGAGGCCCUGGACGGCCUCUGGAGCCGGCACCACGUGGAUCGGGUGGAGAUCAUCAUGAAAGAGACCGUGGAUGCAGGAGGUCGCACCAGCUUCUAUGAGGAGUAUGGGGUCAUCCGAGAUGUCCUCCAGAACCACCUGACGGAGAUCCUCACGCUGGUGGCCAUGGAGCUGCCCCGCAACGUCAGCAGCUCGGAGGCGGUGCUGCAGCACAAGCUCCAGGCCUUCCGGGCCCUGCGGGGCCUGCAGAAGGGCAGCGCGGUCCUGGGCCAGUACCAGGCGUACAGCGAGCAGGUGCGCAGAGAGCUGCAGAAGCCAGACGGCUUUCACAGCCUGACACCAACCUUCGCAGGCGUCCUCGUUCACAUCGACAACCUUCGCUGGGAGGGCGUUCCUUUCAUCCUGAUGUCUGGCAAAGCCUUGGAUGAGCGAGUGAGCUACGUUAGGAUCUUGUUCAAGAACCAGGCGUGCUGUGUCCAGAGCGAGAAGCACUGGGUGCCAGACCAGAGCCGGUGCCUGCCUCAGCAGAUCGUCUUCUACAUCGGACACGGCGAGCUGGGCAGCCCUGCCGUGCUGGUCAGCCGGAACCUGUUCAGACCCUCCCUGCCAUCUUCAAGCUGGCAGGAAGUGGCUGGCCGGCCUGGGCUCCACCUCUUUGGCCGCCCUCUGUCUGAUUACUACGCCUACAGCCCCGUGAGGGAGCAAGAUGCCUACUCCAUCCUCAUCUCUCACAUCUUCCACCACCGGAAGGACUCCUUCAUCACCACGGAGAACUUGCUGGCCUCCUGGGUCUUCUGGACGCCCUUGCUGGACAGCCUGGCCCACGAGGUCCCACGCCUCUACCCAGGAGGAGCUGAGAACGGACGCCUGUUGGACUUUGAGUUCAGCGGCAACAAUUUAGCCUUUUCCCAGCAGCCGCUGGAGCAGCUGGUGCCGGGGCCAGGUUCUGGGCCGACACCCAGUGACUUCCAGGUUCUCAGGGCCAAGUACCGAGAGAGCCCACUGAUCUCAGCCUGGCCUGAGGAGCUGAUCGCCAAGCUGGCCGACGACAUCGAGGCCACAGCUGUGCAGGCAGUGCGGCGCUUUGGCAAGUUCCACCUGGCGCUGUCGGGCGGCUCAAGCCCCAUAGCCCUGUUCCAGCAGCUGGCCACGGGGCACUAUGGCUUCCCCUGGGCCCACACGCACCUGUGGCUGGCAGACGAGCGCUGCGUCCCGCUCUGGGACCCCGAGUCAAACUUCCAGGGCCUGCAGGUGCACCUGCUGCAGCACGUCAGGGUCCCCUACUACAACAUCCACCCCAUGCCCGUGCACCUGCGCCAGCGGCUCUGCGCCGAGGAGGACCGGGGCGCCCAGGUCUAUGCCGAGGAGAUCUCCGCCCUGGUGGCCAACAGCAGCUUCGACCUGGUGCUGCUGGGCAUGGGCACCGACGGGCACACGGCCUCCCUCUUCCCGCAGUCGCCCACCGGCCUGGACGGUGAGCAGCUGGUAGUGCUGACCAAGAGCCCCUUCAGGCCGUACCAGCGCAUGAGCCUCAGCCUGCCCCUCAUCAACCGGGCCAGGAAGGUGGCGGUCCUGGUCAUGGGCAGGAUGAAGCGUGAGAUCGCCGUGCUGGUGAGCCGCGUGGGCCACGAGCCCAGGAAGUGGCCCAUCUCGGGCGUCCUGCCUGAUUCCGGCCAGCUGGUGUGGUACAUGGACUACGAAGCAUUCCUGGGAUGAUGGUGCCUUCACCCUUCGCUCACCCCUGUGCAUCCCUUCACUGUCCUCUCUCUGCUCCCUCGGUCCUGCCCCCCACCCACACACCUCGGCUCUCUGGGAGCUGAUGCCUCAGGGCCAGGCCCCAAUCCCAGUCCCUGUGACGGCCCCUGUCUGGUGGUGGUGGGUACACACUGAAACAAGGAAGAAAUGUAAUCUCUGCUCUCUAGAUGCUUCAAAUCCAAGUCUGGAGAGAAAUGUCCGCCUUAAGAAAAGACCUGCAGCAGUUACACGUGAACAUCAACCGGUGCAAAACAAGACGAUUUGAAAGCUCCCCACUGGAGGGGGAGUGUGGUGGGCUGCGGUUAAUUGGGACGUUUCCCGUGGGCCGGGACCUUGGGGGAAAAGCAGAGCGUUGACCAGCAGGAGCAGGAGCAUGGGCAUCGCUUUGGGCACAGCACCCUGUGCAGAGUGGGGUGCUGGGAGCUGCCCCAAGACCAUGAGCUUUCAGGCCCUCACCUCCAUCCAUCCCCUUCUUCCCAAGCCUCCGCCAUUCAGCCUGCUGUCCUGUGCUCCCCAUGGCCACCCCCACCUGCUCUGUGUCUUGGGUUCAUUUCUCCUCUGUCCCUACUGUAGAGGUCUUCCCAUCCCCUUUCUGUUUCUACACUGUCCCUCAGAUGCCCCAUUUAUGGACAGACGAUGACAGUAACGCAGCAGCAAAUGCUAGGAUGCUAAAAUGGACCAGAAAUCUUGUGACUUGUUUGCAGCUCCUUUUCUCAGCAGAUGAACUUCUCUGAUGGGGAAGGCGCUGGCUCCCUCAGCUUCGUGAGGGAGGACCCCUGCCCCACCCCAGCGCUCCCAUCUCUAGCCAGCCCUCCACCUGAGACACACCAGACGUGGAUGAUCAGGCUAUUCCAGGCUUCCCUGAUUUGAGAGGGUCUCUUGUGUCUCAGUGGACUUCCCAGUGCUUCUGCUCUCAGUGUCCCCUCUUGUUUUACCUGGGAAGAUCCAGUUAAGUCUUUGGUGGUGACAUCUCAUUUGGGGAGAGAGGUGUGACACCAAGUGCCCUAGACCAGCAGGCGCUCUGAUCUGACCAGUCAGGAGCCAGGUCUCCUUGGCGGGGCGGCUGCAGCUCAUGUUAGCAGGGGCUGCCCACGACCAUCUCAGGGACUCGGCUGAUUCUCAGCCCGUCCUCCUCACACUACCUCUCGGCGGCAUCGACAUCCGGUCUGCUGGGCCCUCCUGCCAGCGCUCACUUCACCACUACUGCCUUGCUGAGGACGCGGGAGAACCCAGCAGAGCUUCUCCUCAAGAAAUAGGUUGGGUGCUCUGCUCCUGAGAAGCCAUGGACCAGUAAUACCUGUUUUUCUGAAACCCCCAAGGAGAGAGGGGGUAUCUUUGAAAUUAUUUUUUAAAAAAUUCAAAAUUCUCAGGAUGCACUUAAUUUUUAUUUCAAAUUCCCAUGUAGCCAUGCCCCCAAGAUCCAUCAGUAGAGCACAAGACAGGCUUUUCUGGGUGACUGCUUCCCCCGUCUUACAGUCACAUUUUGUAUCUGAUCAGGCAGAUACAAAGUGUCAAGGUCACACCAAGGGCUUUCCUGGGUGAGGAGGGGCAUCGUGGAAUCUGUUUCUUUACUUUUGAUUGUUACACUUCCUUCAAGGCUACGGAUUUAAAAUAAUUCUUGCUGUCA